AUGAUGGAUAUCGAUAUUGCCCCAAGCGCCUUCGAAUCUGAUCCCGAAAAGAAGAUCCAGCCACAUGUUGCAGCUGAGCGCAUCGGUGACCAAAUCCCACAUGAAUUACUCGAAGAGCUGGCGCCUAAUGGCGAGAGUGAAUACAUUCUCGGAAUCAUCAACUCAAUGGGCGAAGAGGAAGCCAUAGCGAUUGUUCACGAAUCACUGGAAUUCCAUGCCGAUGACUGGAAUUUCCCUUCUGAUAUGCGUGAGCGAAUGAAGCGGUUGUUGGAGGGACCCAAAUUGUAUGGCGAGUUUUACGAUCGCGAUUUGAGAAUAGAUGCCACUAUGAUGCGAUAUUCGUCGCCGUAUCCUGGUGUCCGUGCUGUUGCCGAACUGGUCGAUAAUCCGGACGUUCCCAUUGAGACUAUACGAGCCUACUUUUUGGGUAUUGGGUGGGCGGUCAUUGGGACUUUUAUGUCGACCUUCUUCAACAGCAGAUUCCCUUCAAUUGGACUGUCCGGUUCUGUAAUCCAGAUCCUGUUAUUUCCCUGCGCAAAAUUUCUUGAAGCCGUUCUUCCCGACUGGGGAAUCACAGUUAUGGGCAUUCGUCACUCUUUGAAUCCCGGGCCUUGGACUUUCAAAGAGCAAAUGUUUGCUACCAUCACUUUCAAUAUUGCCAUCUAUACCACAAACAGUUAUUCAAUGAUUCUGGUCCAAAAAUCACCUCUAUUCUACAACGAAAAGUUCAUCACGUUUGGAUAUCAAUUGAUGUUGACAUUGUUCGUGCAACUCAUGGGCAUGGGCUUUGCCGGCUACCUGAGGCGAUUUAGUGUAUACCCUGUCAAGGCAUUGUGGCCUACUAUCCUGCCAACUAUUGCUAUGAAUCGCGCCCUGACCAAAACAGAACCCAGGGAGAACGUUUACGGGUGGACAAUAUCUCGUUACCGGUUCUUCUAUAUUGUGACGCUUUGCAUGAUAGUAUAUUACUGGUUACCAGGGUAUCUGUUUACUGCGUUGUCCACCUUCAACUGGAUGACGUGGAUCUCGCCUCAAAACGUCACGUUAGCAAUCAUCACGGGGUCAGUUACUGGACUCGGGCUUUUCAAUCCCAUCACCACCUUUGAUUGGAACGUGGCAACCUCAUCUUAUGCCGCACUCGCCCAGCCGUUCUUCAGUACCAUCACAAUGUAUUGUGGUAGCGUGUUGGGCGCUUUUAUCAUUCUCGGCAUGUACUAUUCCAACAUGUACAACACUGCAUACUUACCCAUCAACUCAUCAUCGACAUUCGCAAACGACGCAACAAGCUACAAUGUGUCCAAGGUGGUGAUUGAUAACAAUUUCAAUGAGACUCUAUAUCAGGAAUAUUCUCCUCCGUUUUACACCGCUGGAUACAUCUUGACCGUUGGCGCCAAUUUCGCCUUUUACCCGGUGUACUUUUUGUACAUCAUGGGAAACCAGUGGAAGACCAUGAAGAAAGCGUAUAUUGAUUUCUACCAGGGUUUACGACAUGGUAAGGGGAAUUACGAAGGAGCCAUGGACGUGCACAGUCGGCUCAUGUCGAAAUACAAAGAAGUCCCGGAUUGGUGGUUCAUUCUAAUCCUCCUAGCGGCCCUCGUCGUUUCCAUCGUUUUCUUACAGAUCUAUCCCCUCAGCACUCCUGUCUGGGUGACUUUUUUGAUGAUCGGUAUCAACCUCGUCUUUGCGGUACCCCUAUCAUUUCUGUCCGCUACCACCGGCACGAAUCUGGGGCUAGGAUCUCUAAUCCAGAUUAUCACUGGCUUCGUCUUACCGCAGAAUCCUAACGCGUUCAUGUUCGCGCAGUCCCUCGGCUCCUGGGCUCUGGCCGGAUACGGUGACAAUUACGUGCAAGACCAAAAGAUGGCCCAUUACUGCAAAAUUGCGCCCCGAGCUGUAUUUCGAAGCCAGAUUGGCACGAUUAUCAUCACCUGUUUUGUGGCUGUGGGCACGCAGGAUUUUGUGCUGAACAAUGUUCCGGGUCUAUGUACGUCGGACCAGCCUAGUCAUUUUACGUGUGCCGGGGAUGGAUAUCCUUUGUACACGAGUAGUUUGAUGUGGGGUUUGCUCGGAUCAGAUCGCAUGUUCAACUCUCUCUAUCCACUAUUCAAGUGGUGCUUCCUCAUCGGAUUUGCCAUCGCCCUCAUCUUCCUCGUCGGCCAGGGCUACGGCCCUCGAUAUCUCCCGCGACUACGUGAAAGCAUUCGCACAAAAGUCCGACCCAACACCUUUGAGACCUUGGACCGAACGCUCUUCCGUUUCAUUGCGUCCUUGCUGUGGUUGAACCCCAUUCUUAUCAUCCAAGGAAUCCAGCACUGGGCCCCAUCGAACUUAUCCUACAAAACACCAGGUCUAAUCCUAUCUUUUGUAUUCAUGUAUUGGCUCCCACGACAUCGACUAGCAUGGUGGGAAAAGUACAACUAUGUAUUAUCGGCUGCACUAACCGCUGGAGUGGCUAUAUGUGCGCUGGUUAUGUUUUUUGCGGUCGAAUAUCAUCCAAAGACGUUGUCGUGGUGGGGGAACAAGGUGAGUUCCGCAGGCGUGGAUGGUAGCGGUACUGGAAUUUUCCCUAUUCCUGCUAGGGGGUAUUUCGGGCCGGACAAGGGGACUUUUCCAUGA